AUGGACGCCCCAGAAGCAAUAUCCGGCCCACAGCGGUCCCUCUCCCACAAGCUGCGCCGGCAACCAAAACUCGAAAUACCACCACCAGUCCACCACUCGCCGGUCGAGCGAUCUGGGUCUACCGCUGGGAGCGAUGACGAGAGCAGUAUAAAAGAAUUCAAUCUUUUGAAAACUGAGAAACAGUCGACCAACGCGCUAGUCGGGGGCUCGGAAACUAGAAAGAAUACGACAAUAUGGGGUUUACGCCGUGGGAAAGCGGUGUUAGUGGUGGCAUUGGUGAUCGUGGUUGUGCUGGCGUCGGUGGGAGGUGGGAUAGGGGGUGGGUUAGCUGCGAGUGCGAGGAGGACCUCCAACGCGGACAACCCCAUGAUCGUCAUGAUGCCCACCACAAUCAUGAUGCCAUCCACAGCCGUAGUCGCCAACCCAACAACAUCACCAUCACCACCACCAGCCCAAACACCCACCACCAACGACGACGACACCAACAUCGACGGUUCUACUUCCGCCUUUACUCCCAUCAAAGUCCCAACCCAAGGCAUCCUCGACUUCGACUGCGGCCGGCUCUCCACCAACCGCCAGCUCAUCACCCUCGGCACCGCCACCUGGGGCUUCGACGUGCAGUGCAUGAUGGACUACAUCGGCCCCGGCGUCGACGUAGCCGGGAUGACGGCGUACACUUUCGGGGAUUGUUUGCGGGCGUGUGCUAUGUUUAAUAGGUUUGCGCGGAAUAAUACGUGUUUGGGUGUGUUUUUUAGUGCGAAUUUGACGACGAGUUUGCCCAUGUAUGGGGGGAAUUGUUUUUUGAAGGGCUAUUUGCCGUCGAUGUCGGCGGAGAAGGAUUUGGCGGCUGCUGCGGCUUUGGUGGAGGCGCCGCAGUUUAUGAAGGGGGUUGAUAAUGAGGUGGUGAAGAGGAGGUUGAUAUGA